AAGCUGCGCUGCUGUAGCGAUCAGAUGCCAACGGGAUUUGUCUUGAAAGUUACUGUAGCAGCAACCCUGCUGUAACGAUUCUGUAAAUAGCUACAUCUUGUUGCUGCAGUUAUUUGCAUGUAGUCUUUUUUUACUCUCCUGUAAGUCUUGAUUUACAGGCACGCACGCACCUAAUAAGGCAAGAUCCCCCCAUACAUCGCUGCGUUGCACAAUAGUUGGCAGGAGAGACCAACGCCACAUCUGCAGGCACCACCCCGGCUACUCGUCUCCUCACCGGGAAGCCCGCGCCGAUGCUCUUGCAGCACAUGAGCUCGGGCCCCUCCUCGCGCGAGUCGCCGAGCAGGUUCCUCCGGCCCCGACCGCGAAACUUGCACCACAGCGGCACCGAGCGCCCCAACCCCGCUGCCGCUGACAGAGCACGACUUCCGGAUCCCGCAGGGAGCUUGGGGGCGGAACGGGCCAGUCCCGGUUGGUUAAAUCGGCGCCAUUGGUUUCACAGCGCCGCGGGGCGUUGCCAGCAGCGAGGAAGCGCAGCCGCUCGGGGGCCCUGCCCACGCGCCGCGGGGGGCGGGACUACGGCUCCCAGGGGGCCGCGGGGCCGCGGCGGCGGCACCUCCCGCCCUGCCCUGCGCCCGGCCACCUGCCCGGGGAGGGGAGCGGAGGGCAGCGCGGAGGGCGGGGCCAGUGGAGAGGGCGCCGCGCGGCACGCUGGGAGCUGUAGUCCUGCGGCGCGGCGGCCCCGCCGCGGGCGGGCCGAGGGGCGGGGGCAGCGGCAGCUUCGUUUCCCGGAGGUGCGGAGGCCGUUCCGCACGCGCGAGGGCCGCAGCGCCUCCCCUGGGCGUCCUCCUCCUCCUCCUCCCGCCGCCAGCCGAGGCGGCGCGGCCUGGCCCGGCUGGACCCGCUCCCUAUGCUCGUGGCGGCUGCGGAGCUGCGGGUGUGGGAGCGGGCAGCGCCGCCGCGAUGGAGGAGUGACCGGGAAGGCAUUAGCCUACUUUGAGCAGCUGAAGAUAUCCCAGGAUGCUUGGCAAGUCUGUGCAGAAGCAUUAGCUCAGAGUAUAUACAGUGAUGAUCACAUCAAAUUCUUUUGCUUUCAAGUUCUUGAACAUCAAAUAAAGUUCAAAUACUCUGAACUUACUGAAGUCCAGCAGCAGCUAAUUAGGGAAACACUUAUAACAUGGCUGCAAGCACAGAUGCUGAAUCCCCAGCCUGAGAAGACUUUUAUUCGCAACAAAGCAGCGCAAGUCUUUGCAUUGCUUUUUGUUACUGAGUAUCUUACAAAAUGGCCCAAGUUUUUUUUUGAUAUUCUAUCAGUAGUUGACCUUAAUCCACGAGGGGUGGAUAUGUACCUCAGAAUCCUGAUGGCUGUUGAUGCUGAGCUGGUAGACCGGGAUGUUGUUCAUACAUCAGAGGAGGCUCGUAGGAACACCUUAUUAAAAGAUACUAUGAGAGAACAGUGCAUUCCAAGUUUGGUGGAAUCAUGGUACCAAAUCUUACAAAACUAUCAAUAUAAUAACUCAGAGUUGACAUGCCAGUGCCUUGAAGUAGUUGGAGCUUAUGUAUCCUGGAUAGAUUUGAGUCUCAUAGCCAAUGAAAGGUUUAUAAAUAUGCUGCUAGGUCACAUGUCUGUGGAAGUUCUCCGGGAAGAAGCCUGUGAUUGUUUGUUUGAAAUUGUAAAUAAGGGAAUGGACCCAAUUGAUAAAACAAAAUUGGUUGAAUCUUUAUGUCAAGUAUUGCAGUCUGCUGGCCUCUUCAGUAUUGAUCAGGAAGAUGAUGUGGAUUUUCUGGCCAGAUUUUCUAAGCUGGUCAAUGGAAUGGGGCAAGCGUUAAUAGCUAGUUGGACCAAACUGAUAAAAAAUGGUGACAUGAAGAGUGCUCAAGACACUCUGCAAGCUAUUGAAGCAAAAGUGGCCCUAAUGUUGCAACUGCUAAUUCAUGAAGAUGAUGACAUCUCAUCUAAUAUCAUUGGCUUUUGUUAUGACUACCUUCACAUCUUGAAACAACUUUCUGCACUUUCAGACCAACAAAAAGCUAAUGUAGAGGCAAUCAUGUUGGCUGUUAUGAAGAAGUUGACAUAUGAUGAAGAAUAUAAUUUUGAAAAUGAGGGGGAAGAUGAAGCAAUGUUUGUGGAGUACAGAAAACAGUUGAAACUCUUACUGGACAGACUUGCUCAGGUCUCACCAGAGUUACUGUUGGCAUCUGUCCGCAGAGUUUUUAACACUACGCUUCAGAAUUGGCAGACUACGCGAUUUAUGGAAGUAGAAGUAGCCAUAAGGCUGCUGUAUAUGUUAGCUGAGGCUCUUCCUGUAUCUCAUGGUGCUCACUUCUCUGGUGAUGUUACAAAAGCUACGGCUUUACAAGACAUGAUGAGAACGCUGGUGACUUCUGGUGUCAGUGCCUAUCAACAUACAUCAGUGACCCUGGAAUUCUUUGAAACAGUGGUUAGAUAUGAAAAAUUCUUUGCUGUUGAACCUCAGCACAUUCCAACUGUUCUAAUGGCAUUUUUAGAUCACCGUGGUCUUCGCCAUACAAGUCCCAAAGUACGAAGUCGAACAGCUUACCUCUUUUCCAGAUUUGUCAAGUCUCUUAAUAAGCAAAUGAAUCCCUUUAUUGAAGAUGUUCUGAAUAGAAUACAAGACCUGCUGGAACUGUCUCCUCCUGAAAAUGGUUACCAGGCUCUGUUAAGCAGUGAUGAUCAACUUUUCAUUUAUGAAACAGCUGGAGUAUUAAUAGUUAACAGCGAAUACUCUGCAGAAAGAAAACAGGUUCUAAUGAGGAAUUUGUUGACUCCACUGAUGGAGAAGUUCAAAGUAUUGUUAGAAAAACUGAUGAUGGCACAAGAUGAGGACAGGCAGAUGGCACUGGCUGACUGCCUCAAUCAUGCUGUUGGGUUUGCUAGCCGAACCAGCAAGGCUUUCAGCAAUAAACAAACUGUAAAACAAUGUGGCUGCUCAGAGGUUUAUCUGGACUGCUUACAAACAUUUUUGCCAGCUCUCAGUUGUCCAUUACAAAAGGAAGUUCUGAGAAGUGGUGUCCGCACUUUCCUUCACCGCAUGAUUAUUUGCCUAGAGGAAGAAGUUCUUCCAUUCAUUCCUUCUGCCUCUGAACACAUGCUUAAAGAUUGUGAAGCAAAAGAUCUUCAAGAAUUCAUUCCUCUUAUAAACCAAAUAACAGCUAAGUUUAAGACACAGGUUUCACCUUUUCUGCAACAGAUGUUUAUGCCACUGCUUCAUGCUAUUUUUGAGGUGUUGCUCCUUCCAGCAGAAGAAAAUGACCAGUCUGCUGCUUUAGAAAAACAAAUGCUACGGAGAAGUUACUUUGCUUUUCUGCAGACAGUAACUGGCAGUGGAAUGAGUGAAGUCAUAGCUAAUCAAGGUGCAGAGAAUGUGGAGCGUGUGUUGUUCACUGUCAUUCAAGGAGCAGUGGAUUACCCAGAUCCCAUUGCACAGAAGACUUGUUUUAUUAUUCUUUCGAAGUUGGUGGAGCUUUGGGGAGGUAAAGAUGGACCAGUAGGUUUUGCAGACUUUGUCUACAAGCACAUUGUUCCUGCAUGUUUUGUAGCACCUUUGAAGCAAACAUUUGACUUGGCGGAUGCCCAGACAGUACUGGCUUUAUCAGAAUGUGCAGUGACGUUAAAAACAAUUCAUCUCAAAAGGGGUCCUGAGUGCAUUCAGUACCUUCAGCAAGAGUAUUUGCCUUCUUUGCAAGUAGCUCCUGAGAUAAUUCAGGAAUUCUGUCAAGCACUUCAGCAGCCUGAUGCUAAAGUUUUUAAAAACUACUUAAAGGUAUUCUUCCAGAGAGCAAAGCCCUAAGGAAAGUACUGGACUCCCAUGUUUCCAUAAUCCAGAACUCUGGUUGUUAAUUUAUAAAAAUGCUAACUCUUGUGCCAUUCAGACUGGUUUUGUUUUUAAGAAAUGUUGCUUUGUGCUCACGUCAGUACCUACUUUAGCCUUUCACAAAAAAGAGAAAUGCAAAUCCCCCACCUGUAUCUCGACCAUGAAGGUAUGUGACAACAUGAAAAUUAUCUGUAUACCUACACAAACUUUUCUUAUGUAUAGGAUGAUUUAAGCUUAUGCUGUAACACAUACAGCAAUGAAAUGACACUUAUUUUUGAAAUUAAAUGUAAAAAACCCUUCAGAUCAUAGCAAUGGUUAUUAAAAUGUGUACAUUUUUGAUACUGAGUAAAAUGUUUUCAUAAGACAUAAAAAUCAUUUGUUCAUGUAUGGUGACAUGAAAAUAAAACAAUCAAAGUCA